AUGGAGGACUGUUUCCAGCUUCGAGAUGAGAUCGAGGCGCUUAUCCGCCGCGAGGUACUCAAUCAGUUUGUGAGGAACCGACGUGAGGAAAGGAGGCCAGUGAAAAACGCCGUGCCGCCCAAAAAUCCAAAUGACAACAAGCCUAUCGCCGGCACCAUCAAUGUCAUUGGAGGAGGAAGCUCGGCUAAAGAGCCAGCCAAAGAAGGGGUUCCCCCAAAGCGCCCGCGCACUUCUGAAGCCAUCUCGUUUUCGGACAAGGACUUGGAAGGGGUUAAAACCCCUCACGAUGAUGCUGUGGUUAUCUCUGUGAUUGAAAAUUGCCUCGAGCUAACCAUGCAGGUCGGCUCCGGCUUGAGCUCCUACGAGAGGGAGUGCUUGAUCGAAUUCCUCCAGGCCAAUAUGGAUGUCUUCGCUUGGUCGCCCGCCGACAUACUGGGAAUCGACCCCGAGGUCAUGGUUCACCGACUCCAGGUGAAACCGACCUGCAGACCCAUGAGGCAAAAGAAGCGGGGCUCCGCCCCGGAACGACAGCGAGCGGCGGCCGAGGAAGUAGACAGACUCCUCGAGGCCGGCUUCAUCCAGGAGGUCUCCUAUCCGGACUGGCUCGCCAACAUGGUCCUCGUGAAGAAAGCCAAUAGGAAAUGGCGUAUAUGCGUGGACUACACCGACCUGAACAAGUGCGCGUUCGGAGUCAUCUCCGGCAAAUUCCUGUGCUUCGUAGUAACCCAGCGCGGAGUCGAAGCUAACCCCGAGAAGAUCCGAGCACUGCAAGAGAUAGUACCUUCAAGGACGAUCAAAGAGGUGCAGAGGCUUACCGGGCGGGUCGCGGCCUUGGGGAGGUUUGUCUUCAGGUCGGCCGAGCGCUGCCUCCCAUUCUUCAAGAUCCUUAAACGACCAAAGAACUUCCUAUGGUUGGAGGAAUGCCAGCAAGCCUUUGAAGAGCUUAGGUGCCUUCUUGCCUCCCCUCCGCUACUCACCAAGCCUCAGCAAGGCGAAGUUAUUUAUUUGUACCUGGCCGUCUCCCCGGUCGCAGUAAGCUCAGUCUUGGUCCGGAAAGAGGACAAGCUUCAGAGGCCUGUCUACUAUACCAGCCGGAUCCUCAGAGAUGCUGAGAUCCGAUAUUCUAAACUAGAAAAAAUAAUUUUCGCCCUGAUCACCUCAGCUCGGAGACUCCGGCCCUACUUUCAGGCCGACACUGUGGCCAUACUGACUGACCAGCCUAUGAAGCAAAUCUUGCAGAGGUCGGACCGCGCCAGAAGAAUUGCCAAAUGGGCAAUUGAGCUCGGGGAGUUCGACCUCGAAUACCGACCAAGGCCGGCUAUCAAAGCCCAAACGCUCGCCGAUUUCAUCAUGGAGUGCACUUUGUCGGAUGAUCCCGAGCUCCCACUCAUGCCAAUGGGGGAGACCCCGAGGCCACCAUGGGUCCUAUAUGUGGACGGCUCCUCAACCUCAGAGGGUAGCGGAGCAGGUCUCAUCCUCACCAGCCCGAACGGGGUAGUGGCUGAGCAGGCCCUACGCCUCGAGUUUCCAGCCUCGAACAAUGAGGCAGAGUACGAGGCGCUCAUUGCCGAGCUCAAGUUGGCAAAGAAGCUGAAGGCAGAAGACCUGAAGGUCUUCAGUGACUCCCAACUGAUCAUGAGCCAGAUUUUGGGAGAUUUUGAAGCAAAGAAACCAUCAAUGCAGAAAUAUCUCCAAAAGGUGCGAGACCUCACAUCCGUCCUAGGCUCCUUCAACAUUCACCAUAUCCCCAGAACGGAGAACCUCAGGGCUGAUCAACUGUCAAAGUUGGUGACCUCCCGCAUGAGCGAACUCUCCAAGGCAACGGUGCUCGAAUAUCUCCAAACACCCAGCACAGAAGAACCUGAGCCGACCAUGUGCAUCGACACCGAGCCGAGUUGGAUGGACGAGUUCAUCAACUAUCUGCAGGAUGGAAUCCUCCCUGACGAUGAGCUCGAGGUUCGCCGAAUCAAGCGUCAAGCUCCUCGGUACAUAUUAUAUGAAGGCAAGCUCUACCGCCGGUCGUUCACCUCUCCUCCCCUUAGAUGUCUCCGCCCCUCAGAGGCAGAUUAUGCUAUGCGAGAGGUCCAUGAAGGGAUCUGCGGGAACCAUCUGGGGGGCCGGGCGCUAGCCCAUAAAGUCUUGCAUCAAGGCUACUUUUGGCCCACACUUCAAAAGGACGCAACGGGCUUCGUCCGAAGAUGUGAUCGGUGUCAACGGAAUGCCAAUAUCCAGUGCCGACCCUCGGUCCCGCUGAUCUCGAUCAUCACCCCCUGGCCAUUCGCCCAAUGGGGGAUUGAUAUCCUGGGACCUUUCCCUUAG